GAGAGAGAGGGGGUGUAGAGAGAGAUUGUGAAGUUGGAUAGUCGUCUUUAAAAUUCUGCACUGUAUCUCACUCCUUCAAAACCGAAUCCUGUUGCAUUUAAGUUCUCUCUAAUACAGUAUCGCUUUCUUGCCCCAAAAUCUAGGGUUUUAUUUUAAUCUUCGUCAAUUCGCGGCAACGCAGGUGAAUUGGUUCGUUUGUUUGGACGGAUUAGGGAGCAUCCCAGCAUGCAAUCCAAUACCAAGAGUGUCAAACAAGGAGAAUUGAACCUGUAUAAUGCUGCAAAACCUGCUAUGUAUUCAGAUCCUUGGUGGAACAAUUCUGGUUAUCAUUCAAUUGCGCCAGCAGUAGUGCCGAGAAGUGCAUCUGAUUCAUCAUCGUUGGAACAAUCUGUGGAUGGACACUCACAGUCUGAAGGUGGGACGGGGGUAAAUGAGGAAGAUGAUGAUAGUACAAAACGAUCGCGAAGUGCUACACCUUUGCAACCAGAUGGAAAUGAUAGGCAGGAGGGUCCGAAUCUCCAGCAAGAUCAACCCACCUUGCAGCCAAGAAGUAAUGGAAACCUUACUCAGGGCCCACCCCCCUUUGAGAUUGUUGGACACUCUGCUCCUUGUGUUUCAAAUCCGUACGAUCCAUAUUAUGGAGGAAUGAUGGCAGCAUAUGGACAACCUUUGGUUCCCUACCCGUAUGAAGUGCAUCAGGCAAGGAUGCCGCUGCCCCUGGAGAUGACUCAGGAGCCCGUGUACGUGAAUGCUAAACAGUACCAUGCUAUUCUCCGGAGGCGGGAGUCUCGUGCUAGACAAGAGCUCGAAAAGAAGUUAAUCAAAGCUAGGAAGCCUUAUCUCCACGAGUCGCGACAUCAACAUGCCUUGAGACGGGUAAGGGGCUCCGGAGGACGCUUUGCAAAGAAAUCCGAUGCAAAUACUUCUAAUGGGACAGCUCCCGAGUCGUCUGCAAUGUCGCACUCCCUAAGCUCAUCGGGUUCCGAAACGACCAAAGCUACUGAUACUCAGAACUUCGAGGACUCCGGCAGCGCCAAUUUUAGAAACCAAACCGACCUGCAGGAAACGCGGGGUAAGACCCAUUCUGGAUAUGCCGGAAAAGAACCAAAUUUAGGCCGGAAGUGGGGAAAUGACCACCGUACCCUUGGUGGCAUGCAGUGACCGGAAAACGGUGGACACCGGCUUUCUUCAAGCCGGGCGGCAAUUCAUUCUUGGCUGAUCUUUUUCUCUAUGUACAAAAUGUUUUAUCUUGUCGAACGAAAAACGAAAACCCUGACGGUGUUGGAAAACUUGUGUUGUAAAGUAUUGUAGGAUGUAGAACUUCACCCUCGUUGCUUUCGUUUGAUUCUGAUCCAAACUUGUUUUUAACCUUUUGCAUUUGGUGAUUUGAAUCAAUUGUGGAUCUUUUUGAGAGUGUGUA